AUGGCAUCAUCAGCUCAACAUGCAUCCAAAUUCACAAGAUACUUGAAUUCGGAGACAGGACCGAAAACAGUUCAUUUUUGGGCCCCAGUCUUUAAAUGGGCUUUAGUAAUAGCAGGAAUAAAUGAUUUACAAAGACCAGUUGAAAAAUUAAGUGGAACUCAACAAAUUGCAUUGUUUGCAACUGGAGCCAUAUGGACAAGAUGGGCUGGGUUUGUUAUAAAACCAAGAAACCCUUUAUUGGCAUCAGUUAAUUUCUUUUUAGGUGCUGUGGCAGGAUACCAAUUGAUUAGAAUUGUCAAUUAUAGACGUGAAGUAGGUGAUUCACCAAUGCAGGUAUUCAAGUAUAUUUUGGAUGGUGAUCCAACUAAAGCUACAAGUAAGGCACCAGCGAUAGAAGCAAAAAAGUAA